AUGCUAAAUAGUGCUUUACGAUUACUAGAUGGAGAUGUGAUUGUACGAAUGGGAUUUUUCAUUAAUGAUUUACAUCGACACAUCGAACAACUACACAAACAACAAUUUGGUACAAAUCAUGGUGGUGAAAUCUUUACAUGUUAUCGUGGUCAAGGUCUAUCAGAAAGAGAUUUUGAUGAAAUGGUGAAAUCAAAAGGUGGAUUAAUGUCAUUUAAUAACUUUUUAUCCACAAGUAAGGAACGUGAUGUCUCGUUAUUCUUCCCCAAAAGUAAUCUGGGUAAUCCAAAUUUAAUUGCGAUUCUUUUUGCUAUAAAAAUCGAUCCAAGACAAUCAACAGUGUCAUUCGCUUCAAUUCGUGGUAUAAGUGCUAUUCCAGAAGAAAACGAAAUAUUAUUCUCAAUGCAUAGUGUAUUUCGUAUUGAUGAUAUCAAAGUAAUAAGUGAGAAUGAAAGACUCUUUGAAGUGAAUUUAACAUUAACUAGCGACAACGACGAACCACUAAAUAAACUUACUGAACAGAUUCGGAAAGAAAGCUGUCCAGAGGCGGAUGAAUGGGAUAGAUUGAGUUCAGUACUAAUUAAACUGAAGCAGAACAAUAAGGCUACAGAGAUUCACGAAAUGUUGCUUCAGAGAAGCAUGAAGAACAGUGAGAAGGCAUUAAUCUAUAAUCGGCUUAGUUUAAUCAAAAGUAAUCUAGGGAAAUAUAAAGAGGCAAUCAGAUACUCUAAAAAAGCUCUCGAAAUUCAACAACCAUCACUUCCUGCAAAUCAUUCUCACUUGGCUUCAUCUUACAACAACAUCGGUUUGGCGUAUUAUUUGAUGGCUGACUAUUCAGAAGCACUUUCAUAUUAUGAAAAGGCCAUUAAAAUCAAAGAACAAUUACCUUCUGAAAAUCAUUCAAGUUUGGCUACAUCUUACAACAACAUCGGUUUGGUGUGCUAUAAGAUGGCUGACUAUCGAAAAGCACUUGAAUAUUAUGGAAAAGCCCUUGAAAUUCAACAACAACAUCUACCAAACCAUCCUCAUUUGGCUUCAACUUACAACAGCAUUGGUUUGGUGUAUUGGGGCAUGGGUGACUAUCCAAAUGCACUUGAAUAUUAUAGAAAAGCCCUUCUAAUUGGUAAAGAAUCACUUCCUUCAAAUCAUCCUGAUUUGGCUAUGUAUUACAACAACAUCGGUUCAGUGUAUUACAAUAUGGGUGACUACUCCAAAGCGCUUGAAUAUAAUCAAAAAGCCCUUAUAAUUCGACAACAAUCACUUCCUCCAAAUCAUCCUGAUUUGGCUAUGUCAUACAACAACAUCGGUGUGAUGUACAAAAACAUGAAUGGCUAUUCCGAAGCACUCCUAUAUUAUAAAUAA